CAUACGAAUUAAAUUAAGCACAAUAGACGGCCUUAUUGUUAAACAGAAAUUUCUGCCAGGCAAACUUAGAGUGAAAGAAGUUUAUGCAUUGGAGCGCAGGAUGGUUAAGUCUUGGAUGUUUACAAAUACUCAUCCUGUAAACAGAUCCGUGUUUAAUGGUAAAUGGUAUUUAAUAACCUAUGUACAAUUAUAAAAUUUAGAUUUAAGUAAGUAUAAAACUUUGUACGAACCUACUCCUAUGGAAGUAACUGGUUGCUUUGCGUCGGAGUUGGUACAUUUUUGAAAUCCAAGCGCCUUUUUGAAAAAACAGUUUUGAAAGUAAUAAUUGUAACCAUCACCUGGAUUGAAACUAUAUAGCUUGUCUAUUGCGAAGUUUUGUUAACAAAAAUCGUAUCCUAAUCCAAUGUGAUUUUUCAAUAAGACGCUUACGUAGUAUUCGCCGACGAUAUCCAUUAUCAAAUGAGAAAUAUUGAAUUGAUUUGAUUUUAUCACUUUCAAAGUUUCUUUAUUCAAUACUCAAAAUAUGUCUGACAAAAGCCUCGAACAAUUCCUGGGUCAACCGAAGCGUAUCCUCAAAUAUUUCGGCAUUUGGCCUCCUCCCGAAGACAUAUCCUGGUACGGCUUGAUACUGUAUCGGAUAUACAUGUAUUUGGUAAUGGCCAGUCAAUACAGCUUCUUGCUAUUUGAACUCGUCUACAUAGCGAUGGUUUUUGGGGACUUGGACGAGAUGUUUGAGUCUUCGUUCCUGCUGUUUACCCAGGCGUCGUUGUGUUACAAAACUACAGUGUUUCUGGUGAAUACGAAGAAUUUGGUCAUCUUAAUGGACUACAUGGUGAGCGACACGUUUGCGCCGCAGAAUGAAUUGCAUGAGAAGCGUCUUUUCGUACAAGCACGCAUCAUCAGGCGACUGUGCACUUUCUUCUUCACCAGCGCGUUCACCACUUGUUCACUGUGGGCUCUGAUGCCGCUGUUCGACAACAACGGACCAAGGAUCUUUCCCUUUAAAAUAUGGAUGCCAGUGGGUCCGACCACCUCGCCGCAGUACGAGCUGGGCUACCUGUACCAGAUCGUGAGCGUCUACAUCAGUGCUGCACUGUUCGUGGGUGUGGACAACGUCUCCCUCGCCAUGAUCAUGUAUGGCACUGCGCAGCUGGAGAUCAUCGCCGACAAGAUCCAGGCGUUACAAAACGUGCCGCUGAAGUCAAAUAAGGAGGAACGGGAUAAAACUAUCAAGGACAACAACGCCUUGUUGCGAGAAUGCGUCAAGCAGCAUCAGGCUGUUAUACGGUACAUAGAAGUGGUAGAGGAUACGUACCACGCCAACAUAUUCUUCCAGCUGAGCGGAACAGUGUUGAUCAUUUGCAUCAUUGGACUUCAGUUGUCGAAUUUGGAUUCAAACAGCGUGCAGUUCGUGUCUAUGGUGACCUACAUGACGACCAUGUUGUCUCAGCUGUUUCUCUACUGCUGGUGCGGGCAGGAGCUUACUAUAAGGAGUGAACGCCUCCGCGAGUUGUUGUACCAGUGCCCGUGGUACCAGCAGGACACGCGGUUCAAGCGGUCACUGUGGAUCGCCAUGGAGCGCAUGAAGAGGCCCAUCAUAUUCCGGGCAGGGCAUUACAUCCCGCUCUCCAGGCCUACCUUUGUCUCGAUACUUCGGUCAUCCUACUCUUACUUUGCAGUGUUGAACCAAGCGAACAACAAGAAAUAAAACAGCAUUCGUUAUUAUUUUUAGCUUAAGUAAAAUAAUUAGUAUAAUUACACUUAGCGAGA